AUGACAACCCCGUCGCCUGCGACUCGAACGUCGCGAUACCCGCGCGCCAACCCGCCCACGCCCAGCCCUGCCACCUCGUCCGUCGCAGACUUCCUCAGCCCCGACCGCAAUUCCGAGUCCAACCACAAAGAUGCCCUUGCUGCCGCCGCCGCAGAGCACGAAAGAAUCCGCGCCAAAGCGAUUCACACCCUCUACAUCCACGAGCAGAACGUGCAGAAGGAGCUGUUGCUCGAGCAGGCACGGCGAGAACAGGAACGGGCCAGGGCCGAAGAAGCGAAGGCCUUAGCAGCACAGGAGAAGAUCAAGGCCGAGCAAGAGCGGCUGCGCGCUGAACAGGCGGCUCGCGAGGAGCAGGAACGGCUUCGAGAGAUUGAGGCCAAGAAGAUACCGCCGCUGCCGCCUCUUCCAACACCCAAACCUGAGAAACAACCUGCCGCUCCACAACCUCAACCCACCGCGCCCACCGCGGCCCCGGCCCCGGCAGCCAAGGCGAGCCCAGCUCCCCCUGCCCAGCCUGCAGCUUCACCCUUCUCACAGCCGAAGCCCCCGGCCAAUGUCGCUGUCAAUGGCAAUGCGGCAUCUAAACCGCCCAGCACCAGUACGGCCGCUGCCCCGACCCCCAGUGCUCAAUCCGCACCCGUGCCUCAAGAUGCAAGGCGGCAACGCGCCGUUGAAAUCCACAAAAACCUCAAGCAGCUUCGUGCAGCCAUCGCCUCGCAGUCAUUACAGAAUAAGGCUCUGAAAGCCAAGGCUGGGGAUCUCCGAAGACAGCUUCGCAAGGUGAUUGGCCAAUUGUCCCUCGACAAAGAUGGCAACAGGGUGGUCAUGCAAAAGGUCACCGUGGUCCUGAAAGAAGCAUUGGCAAAUGAAGCCGGCAGCCAGAUGGUCGAUCCCAGCCUCGUGGUAUUUACGCCCCGGCAGCCUGUCGAGGGAGCCAUGCACAACGCCGAGCUGCCUUCGCUGUUCUUGUUCGUUCUCAACCACCUCGCAAAAGCGAUCAUCAACCAGUUCAUCAACGAAGCUGCGUCAAAUACGAAGACCGCUGAUCCGGUUGGGGUUUGCGCCGCGGCCGUCUUCUCAGAUCCUACCUUUCAAUGGCGAGGGCAAACGCUCAUCGACGUGCUUAUUGCCAAGUUUCAUGUCGUCUGUCCGGUGCUAUUCGGUGCUAGGGGUUCUGAGAAGUCAGAACAGGGGAGAGACCUUGUCGGCUGGAAACGUAGGGGAACCGCCUGGGUCCCCGAAGCGGAGCAUCUGGACAGGAUGACGGGGCUUGCUGCAGGUUACGCAGCGAUCGCCCUGAGGGACUUUUCCAAGGCAAAGAAACAGAAUCCGUACCCAAUGCCGCACUAUUGGGAGUCGAUGGCGAAGAUAGUGAACACGCCGCCGCAGCAGAUGUCAGCGACCCAGUGCGUUGUCUUGAGGGCCAUGAUUGACCACCAUGAGGCAAGGUUCCUGCAGUUUUACGGCUCGGCAGCCAUCGCAGCACUGAGACUGGCACUGGUGGAUUUCCCGGCCGCGGCGGCAAAGGCAGGGUUGAAGGAUAACGCGGUUCAGUCUCUUGCAGUACAUGCAGAGAUACUGAAGACCAGGGUCGGGCUGAACCUCGCAUGA